AUCAAAACCCAUUUUCUCUUAUAUACAUCAUCCCUUCUUCAUUCAAUUUUCAAGUACAUCAAAUUAUACUCCACUUAAUUAAGAGUUUAAUUAAGGGCAUUAUUGUUAAGUAUUGAAGGCUAGCUAUACUAACAAUAUUGUUAAUAACCAUGUCACCUUUUCAUUCCCUUGUAAUACUCUUGAUUCCUUUCCUACUUUCCUCCAUUGUUACUUCAUAUUCAAAUAAUGAUCUUAAACUUUGGUGUGGCCAAACACCUAAUCCUCAACCAUGUGAGUAUCUCUUGAGCAAAAACCCUAAUCACUUGCACAAACCCAUUAAGCAAAAAUCUGAUUUUCUCAAGCUUUCAUUGCAACUUGCUCAAGAGAGAGCACUCAUAGGACAUGCAAACACUCUUUCACUUGGAUCAAAGUGCCGCAACCAACUUGAAAGAGUUGCAUGGAAUGAUUGUGUAGAGCUCUAUGAACAAACCAUUCAAAAGCUCAACAAAACCCUAGACCCUAACACCAAAUGCUCCCAAGUUGAUGCUCAAACAUGGCUUAGCACUGCUCUCACAAACCUUGAGACAUGCAAAGCUGGCUUCUAUGAACUUGGUGUUCAAGACUAUGUCCUUACUCUAAUGUCCAACAAUGUUACUAAGUUGCUAAGCAACACUUUGGCUCUUAACAACAAUGGUGAAUCUCAUCAAGAACCAAGUUACAAAGAUGGAUUCCCAACAUGGGUCAAGCCCGGUGAUAGAAAAUUGUUGCAAGCAUCUUCUCCGGCUUCUAGGGCUAAUGUAGUGGUGGCUAAAGAUGGAUCUGGAAAAUACACCACAGUGAGUGCUGCCAUAAAUGCUGCACCAAAGAAUAACAAUGGAAGGUAUGUGAUAUAUGUGAAGGGUGGGAUAUACAAUGAGCAAGUUGAAAUAAAGACAAAGAAUAUAAUGUUGGUCGGAGAUGGUAUUGGAAAAACCAUAAUCACAGGUAGCAAAAGUGUUGGAGGUGGCACUACAACCUUUCGUUCAGCCACAGUUGCGGUUGUUGGAGAUGGAUUUAUUGCUCAAGAUAUUACAUUCAGGAACACCGCUGGUGCAAAAAAUCAUCAAGCUGUUGCACUGCGUUCUGGAUCAGAUUUAUCAGUUUUUUACAGAUGUAGUUUUGAAGGUUAUCAAGACACACUAUAUGUUCAUUCUGAGAGACAAUUCUACAAGAAUUGCAACAUUUAUGGAACCGUUGACUUUAUAUUUGGCAACGCUGCUGUUGUGUUCCAAAACUGUAACAUAUUUGCAAGAAACCCUCCAAACAAAGUAAACACAAUCACAGCACAAGGAAGAACCGAUCCAAACCAAAACACUGGCAUUUCCAUUCACGAUUGUAGGGUUACAGCUGCUUCAGAUUUGAAACCGGUUCAAAGUUCAGUGAGAACUUAUCUUGGAAGACCAUGGAAAGAGUAUUCAAGAACCGUGUUUAUGAAGAGUUUUCUUGAUGGGUUGGUUCAACCGGCCGGUUGGAUGGAAUGGAGUGGUAACUUUGCUUUGAACACGCUUUAUUAUGGAGAGUAUAUGAAUAAUGGACCCGGUUCAUCGACUUCAAACCGGGUUAAAUGGCGUGGUUAUCGUGUUAUUAAGACUGCUGCUGAAGCAUCGAAAUUUACGGUUGGGAAUUUCAUUGCUGGAAACUCAUGGUUACCAGCUACCAAAGUGCCUUUCACCUCAAAUCUCUAAGCAUUGUUAUGUGUAUAUAUAUGCAUUUCUUGAUUUGUUGAUUUACUUUCAUUUCCUUUAUUUUCUUAAUUUAAUUUGUUGGAAUAAUAAUGUUUGACAUUGUACAAUUGGUAGAUAAAUAGGUUUUGCUUUGUUGUGGUGUUACUUUCAUUUAAUUUGUUG